AUGGCCCUACAAUCAAAGGGAAACUCUCUACCACCACCAACCAGAAAUACUGUACAAGCAGUACAUACAGUUUGUCCGUCCCAAAUAUCUGACCCUGAUGAAAUUAUGUUGGAUUUUAUUCCAUCUUAUCAUACAAGCAACAUCAUCAGCAUCUACCGCUCCUCCUUCACUGCCACCUCCCUCUGGCGAACUACGACGCCCUCCUUCGAUGUCUCCUACCGCGUCCACGUCGGCGACGAUAUCGGACAAGCCCAUCGCCUACGGCCUCGGCAUCCCCCACCGCAUCAAUGA